AUGCCUGACUAUGUUCUUCAAAUCAGUAUCCAAGGGCCUAGGGCCAUGCAGCAACUCGCACAGCAAGGUUACAGGAUCUGCUUUGCUUCCGCAAUAGCAGACGAGGGAUUCAAGGUCAUCGCAUCAAGCACGGACUUGGCGCCCAAUGCUCAAAUCCGGUGGAAUGAUGAGUUUAGUAUUGCCGCUAGUCAAUCCAGCUUUAUGAACGGAGUCCAGUUCUCGGCGUCAUCAGAUAUCGACCGCAUUAGGCUUGGCCAGAGCUACACCUUGAACCCAGACUGGCGGGGCAAUGUCGGCGAGGAUGGGCCUCGAGACGGCAUUCGCUUCAGAAAUCAGGCCGACCGAGCCUCUGCCAUUCUCUACAGAGGGAUGAAUGGCUCCAUAGCUCCCAUCUACUUCGGUUCUCAGCAGCUCCCACGAGGUGCCACCCAACAGAUCAAGCCUAUUAACAGGGUUGCAGUCUGGCUCCAGCGCGGUGGUCAAGCUGGCACCAUGAUCGAUGGACCUGGAGAGCAAAGCAUCGAGAUUGAUAUGUCAGGAAGGACCAGCGCAAAGGUUGUCUUUAAUGACGACAUGUCAUGGUCGUUGCAGUAA